GUGCGCAUGAGAUUAUACAUUUUAGAAUAAUGAAAAACCUAGUUAGUCGUACUGUAUAGUUACUAAAAGUUGGUUGUAGUAUUAGUAUUUCAUAUAUUCAUCCUAUAGAAAAUGCAAUUAAACGAAAUGGUUUCGUUUUGGCAGGUGUCGGACAUAAUAAAUGAUACAAGCCUUAAUAACAUUAUCGUUAUACAUACAGCGGUAAUAUUAUUUUUAGUAGUUGUGUAUUAUAAAAUUGUAAGCCGAAGAAAGAUAUCAUUAGCAAAACGAAUACCAGGUCCAGAUGGUUUCUUUUUUGUGGGAAUGCUACCUGUUUUACUUGGAGGACCUGAAAAACUAUUGAAGAAUAUAUUAAAAAUUGGCAGAAAAUUCGAGAAUACUUUAUUCAAAGCUUGGAUUUUGGAUCAAUUAUACGUAUUUCCUGGAAACCCCGAAGAAAUAGAAGCGAUUCUUACCAAUCCUAAUAUGUUCAACAAAGCUAAACUUUAUAAUGUUGCUAGCGAAUCAAUUAUGGGCGACGGAUUAUUUACAAACAGGGUGUUUGACGAAUGGAAAAAUAACAGAAAAUUGGUAGCCGCGGGGUUUAAAUUUUCGAUGCUAAAAUCGUUCAUACCGAUAUUUUACGAGGAAGCCAAAUUCCUGAGCCAAGUAUUGUACGAGAAACGGGAUAGCAAUACAAAUGAAUGCGAAAUAAGCUGUGCAAUCGAGAUGGCGACAAUGGAGAUGAUCGGAAGAACCGCUUUAGGUGUAAAAUUUAAUACACAGAAAAACGCCAAACACGAAUUUUUGGAGAACUUACAUUUCAUCCAAAAGGCUGUAGAAUACCGAGUAACACACCCAUGGUUUCUGAACAGGAGUCUGUUUCAGUUGUCGACGUAUAAACGUAAACAUGACAUUAGCCAAAGUAUAAUUUACCGUUUCAUCGAAGAUUUAGUCCAGAGAAAAAAAAAAGAAUUGAGAAAUAGGAUAAACAGUCAAGGAGAACAUAACGAAGAGUGUAUGGGCCUUAAAUGUAAAUCUUUUAUUGAAAUACUGCUCGAGAAUGAACAUCAGAUGUCAUUUAAUCAAUUACGGGAUGAAAUAAUAACUACUAUAAUUGGGGGUCAAGAUACUACAGCUUUGGCGAUAGCGUGUUCAAUAUUUAUGUUGGCUCAUCAUCAGGAUAUACAAAAUAAAGUAUUGGAAGAGUUAUUGACAAUAUUUUCUACUGGCGAUCCGGAUCGACCACCUACCUACGAGGAUUUACAAAAGAUGGAUUACUUGGAACGUGUAAUCAAAGAAACUCUAAGACAUUUUCCCCCUUUUCCCUUGUUUGGCAGAAACGUUGAAAAAGAAACUGUUAUCGGAGGCUACUUAAUCCCUGCAGGUUCAUCGGUCAUAUUUUGCUCUGGUCGCAUACACUUUAAUGCAAACCUUUAUCCGGAACCAGAAAAGUUCAAUCCGGACCACUUCUUGCCCGAAGCAUGUCGCAGUCGCCAUCCGUAUUCGUUCCUUCCCUUUAGCGGUGGUUACAGAAAUUGCAUUGGUAUGAAAUAUGCAAUGCUCCAAAUGAAAUCUGUCGUCUCAACAUUGGUCAGAUCUUAUCGUUUCAGUCCGUCGGACAAGUGUCCAAAACCAGAAAAUCUUCGUUUAACUUAUGCUGGGACACAAGCGUUUGUCGACGGGUGUUACGUUAGAAUAGAAGAGAGAAUGUGAUCAAUUAUUGAAUUAGGAUUUUAAACCAGAAUUAUUUACAUAUUUGGUUAAAGUUGUUCGCGUAAUUAUGUUGAUUUAGUUAACCGAGGUAAUACUUAUAUCUAAUAACACAUAUCGUUCCCGUUUACGCAAAACACAUGAAGUCCAAAAAUGGGUGUUUUAAGAAUGAGCUUUUUAAAAUUGUACAAACAUUGAGAUAUUACAUAACGGACUUAAAUAUAAUUUAAAAUCACUCUUUAAAACGAUUUUUAACAUAAUUGGAUUUGAGGAGGUAUAGCAUAUGGUAUACAGUUGCAUUGUACAUAAAUAUCUCAAAAAACCCAUACUUGGACUUGAAGUGUUUUGCGCUAUUUGUCAUUAGGCUUAGUUAUUAUUUUGGCUUACCAAUUUGUUGGUGUUGUCAUUUCUUUCCAAAUAUAUCUUCUAUAAACUAUUUAAGCUGUCUAUACAGGGUGUUCCACAAUGAUUCGACAAAUGAGAUAACUUUUGUUUUAGUGAAUAUUUUUAAGGUUUUUUUUUGUUUAAUUAAAUUAUACUCAUUCGCGC